AUGGUACUGACCUUGGACAGCUGGUGGAAUUCCUCCACCACGGCAAUACCCAAAUUCGCCAAAUCGGUAUACAUAACCCCCGCGACGCCCCUUGGCCUUGAUCUGACUGAACCAGCGGCCGAAAACCUUGUCGGAUUCUCCACUGCCCAACCGGAGCUGUUCAAACGUCAACAAUUGCUCCCUGUCCGCGACCUGAAGCUUUUGGUCCGCGAUUAUCCUCCCAUUGCGAAGAAUGCAGUGACCAUGCUGGUGAAUCUGUCUGGCGACGAGGAGGUGCUGAAAAUCCUGGCCGACGAUGAUAAGCUGCUGGAGGAUCUGCUUUUGCGACUGGUACUGAUAGGGUUAACGCAGAGCGAAACGGACAGGAGUGCCGACGAAGUGGCCAUGCUGCUGGCAAACCUCGCCAAGUCCGACAAACUGCAGAGACUCUUAACUCUCAAGCGCCAGGCUCCUAAAUCUGUGUCGACCUCGGAGAAUGCGAUUGAUCAGAUCAUGGACUGCUUCGUCAAGGGCGCGGAGGGGGCACUGAACAAGCACGCCAACUACGACUAUCUCUCCUACCUCAUUGCCGAUUUGUCCCAGACGGAAAAGGGCCGGGCCUAUUUCCUGGAGCGCCAGGAAUACGACGGUGUGGUGCCCAUCACCAAGUUGACGGUGUUCACAGAGCACGCGAGCAACAUUCGGCGAAAGGGUGUCGCAUCCACCAUUAAGAAUGUGGCCUUCGAGGUCGAUUCGCAUCCGAUGCUGUUCGACGAAGACGCGGCCAACCUGCUUCCAUACUUGCUGCUCCCACUGGCGGGCCCCGAGGAGCUGUCGGAUGAGGACACCGCGGACAUGCUCCCUGAUCUCCAAUUGCUGUCGCCGGACAAGCAGCGCGACAGUGACAAUACCAUCCUCACAACGCAUCUGGAAACCCUCUGUCUUCUCACCACCACUCGGGAGGGUCGCGACCUGAUGCGAAAGGUCAAGGUCUAUCCUUUGAUCCGUGAGACGCACCUUCACGUUCAGGAUGAGAACGUGCAAGAGGCAUGCGAUCGCUUGGUCCAGGUGCUCAUGCGCGACGAGGCAGGUGAAGGAGAGGACGCGGAACAGCCCGCAGAGCAACCCCAAAUUGCGAACGAGGAUGACCAGGUUGUAGAAUUGUUUUGA